UAGGCAUAGUCGCUAAUUUUAAGGCCGGCAUCAAAUGACUAUUGGAGUCACCGGGGAGGAAAGGAUCAUGCUACCCAAUGCGAACAAUGGCAUCGCCGCUCGAUGGUUGCCACCAUAGCCUAAAGCGAUCAAAUAUAAAGCGUUCAGGCAGCCUGGUGAGAUAGCAUUCCUGCACAGAUUCUUCCCCUCGCUGUCACUCGCAGCUGCGUGUUUCCCAGCCCCUUAGCGAACUGUUGACGUUACCCUCUUCGACGAUCUGUACCUCUGUUCCCCAAGGACGUCAAGUCAGCCGUAACGUGCUAUGUGGUCGUCCCAGCUUCUCCCUUGGGCCAUAGGCCUUGGUUUGAUAUCGACUGUGCUAGCUUCUCCUUUCCGGGUGCAGGAAGUAGGUGCUGUUUUGGCUAUCGAUUCUGACUUCCCGGACCCAACCUUUGUGCAAGCAACGGACGGUACUUGGUAUGCCUUUGGCACCAAUGGAAAUGGCAAGCGUGUCCAGGUGGCUUCUUCUGUGGACUUCAAGUCAUGGACUCUUCUUGACAAGGAGGCUUUGCCUACGCUUGCCAAUUGGGAGACUGAGAUAGAUCACUGGGCACCUGAUGUGAUAAGACGGGAUGAUGGCAGAUACGUCAUGUACUACUCGGGCGAGGCCAAGGAGAUGGUGAGGCACCAUUGCGUUGGUGUUGCCGUCUCUGAAGGCACAGAUCCUACCGGACCCUAUGUACCUAACGAGACACCUCUGUCUUGCCGUCUGGACCAAGGUGGCUCGAUUGAUCCGGCCGGCUUCCUGGACAAGGAUGGCAGCCGCUAUGUGGUAUUCAAAGUUGAUGGGAACAGCAUUGGAAAUGGCGGUGACUGCAACAAUGGCAUUCCUCCUCUUAAACCGACUCCUAUUCUUCUACAGAAAGUCGCGGAUGAUGGCUUCACUCCGGUUGGUGAUGCUAUCCAGAUUCUUGACCGUGAUGACAGCGAUGGGCCGCUAGUCGAAGCCCCCAACCUGAUUCUACAUGGGGACACAUACUUUCUCUUUUACUCCACACAUUGCUUCACGGACCCCAAGUACGACGUUCGUUAUGCGACCUCGAAGUCUAUCACCGGGCCCUAUGUCAAGAGUGGUGAGAAAUUGCUCAAAUCCGGUGACUAUGGUCUUACUUCUCCUGGGGGCGGUACUGUCUGCGGUUGCGGAGAUCGGAUGUUGUUUCAUGGCUUCUGUCGAAACAACACACGAUGUACAUAUGCCGCCGAUAUCUCCAUAUCAGAACAGCAGGUGACUCUCCUAUGACCGAAGUAACCUAGCCCCUUUUUGCGCUGUAUCUAUUUUGGCGGGAUUCCGGAGGCGUUGCCGGAAUUCGGUUUCACUACAUAGCACUUCACACGGCCAGCCCACUAUUCCUACACUAUGUAAUUAGCAUUUGACUUAGCUCAUAUACAUACUCUUCUCUCUCUUCAGAUUCCAUGGCUUAGAACACCUUUUGACUGUCAAUGGGCUUGCAGUUGUUGCAGCUACACCAUGUUACACCUAGGCACCCAAACACUUGUCCAGCCAUUGUUUCUUAUGAUCACCAACUCUACCCCUAGUAGGGUUACAUGCCUUGGUAUCUCCUGUAGUACGAAAGUUACAACAAAUAGGUCUAGAACAAUAUUCGAGCUUGUCAUUUCAACUAACUAUAUGCAAAAAUGAGUCGAACAGGUAAGGACCUUUUGGGUAUCUCUAUGCAGUGUACAAAAACCAUCCAUUCAUCCACACAGUUGCCCCUAGCCUGACUUUAUAGUUGCUUCUGUUUUCCCCUCCCGUUUUGAUCGAAUGCUUUGCACCCAAUCCUCAACCCCUUCGAUAGCAGCUUCGGGAUCCCUCUUAUAGUUCAGGAGAUACCCCUGGAUCUCAGCAGCAGUACAUUGGCCACCUGGCACUAGCGCAAGGAACUGAUCUGCCAAGUUCUGGAUUUGCUC